CUCACGCUGGAUCCUGCAGUCUACACACCAUGGACCUGCAGCUGCUGGAGCAUCGGGUGCGGGUGACCAGCAUUGACAAGUCCGGCCUCUGGUUCUACACUCACCCCAUCGUCAAGUUAUUGUUCCUGCGGCAUCGUACCAGAUGCAAAUUCUUCAGUUUGACAGAGACGCCAGAGGAUUACACGUUGAUGCUGGAUGAGGAAGGACUUGCAGAGUUACCACAGUCCAAUUUUCUACACGUGGCAGAGAAUACGUGGAGAGUCCUGAAUGUGCUGUCCAACGGGAUCCAGACUGGAGGUGUCACAAAGAUUGCCAAGUCUGUCAUUGCUCCUCUGGCAGAGCACAAUGUCUCUGUGCUGAUGCUUUCCACGUACCAGACUGAUUACAUUUUGGUGCGGGAGGAUGAUUUGGCUGUGGCUUUCCAAACUCUCUUGGAAGAACUUACAAUUUACAAAGAAGAAAAUGGAGAGUUGGUCCGCAUGAGUCUCGGGGAAGCCACCAACGGCUUGAAAACCAGGAGCUUGUUCAAUUUGACAGUACAUCCUGUGCAAAGUCCUACGAACAAGUUUUGUAUUCUGACAUUGGAUCGGGACACGCUGCCCUCCAUUACUACCAUUCUGUUAGAUGUCCUGUUCUACUCCCAUAAGUCACAUGAAGAUUCUCCUUUACAGGACAGCGAAUCCUUUCCGUUUUUUGCCUUCUCCUUAAUAGACGGAUAUAUUUCUAUUGUUAUGGAUACAGAGACACAGAAGAAAUUCCCCACUGACUUACUUCUAACAAGUUCAUCCAGAGAGCUGUGGCGGAUGGUGAGAAUUGGAGGGCAGCCCCUGGGCUUUGAUGAGUGUGGAAUAGUGGCACAGAUAGCAGGGCCUCUGGCUACAGCAGAUAUAUCCGCUUAUUAUAUUAGCACCUUUAAUUUUGACCAUGCAUUGGUACCAGAAGAAGACAUUGACUGUGUGAUUAAGUUAUUACAUGAUCGGGAGGAAAAUAAAAGCUAGGGUAAAGUUUCGUGUCUAUUAUUACCAUAGCAAGACAGAGAAGUAAUGAUGGCGCUUCCGUGUGUGGUCCCCCUCUGAUCUUAGAGGAAUGAGAUCUCAAGCAAGAGUAUGGACAAUGAAGAGAACCUUUUUGUGUCUGUUUGUAUCUCCAUGGUGCUACAGCAGUCUAUCCAGUGCCAAUGAGCUAAAUGAUGCCUAGAUAUUUUGAAGAACUUUUAUUCUUAUCAUAUAUACGGAAAUGAUCAUAUAUAUUUCCGUGCUGUGUUGUUGAGUUAGUAAGCAGUGCUUUGUUUUGUGUAUGCAAUAAUCUGGUGUCUACAGUGGAACAGUUUUCCAUGGCAUCCAUUUGAUUUCGAUUUGUUGCAGCACCACCAGUAGAGCUUUGGUUUUAAGAGGACCUGUCACCGCUGCCAACAUGUCUUUUACUAAAUAAUUUUAUUUCCCAUGCAGUAACGAUUCUGGAGCAUCUUUUUCAUAAAACUCUAUGUUGUUGUGUUCGUCAAUUAUUGUUGUCCCAAUCACUCUACUCCUCCCCCCCAACUGGUAACACCCAGUUGCAGGUUUAUUAGUAAACUUCUAGUAGCAAUAACUAAGGAACGAAACAACAUGGAGUCAUAAGAAUAGAUGCUCCAGAAUUUAUAUUUCAUGGGGAGUUAUUAGACAGGAGAGAUGACAGGUCCUCCUUACUGUAUAAAAACAGUGUCUGCUUUUAGGGAUCCAUCAUGUCCAUGUUUUGGAGUGCAUGGAGAUCCUGCACCCACUGCAUGUGUGUGUAACUUUAUGAGCUCUGCUCUUUCUGUUACUAAUGGAUAUGUACCUCUUAUACACAUAUCAGCUCCACCCUGUGUGUGGAGUCAUUUGUAGUAUAGUGCCUUAUUUCCUAAGGGAAUGCUGUAGUUUAUAUUAUCGCCUUAUAACAUUGCAAGAAAGUAUGGAGGAAGAUGCUCCUUUCUCUAUGUACAUGUUUUAAGGCGGCUUUCGCUGGUGUUUUGCAGGGUCCGUCAGAGGUCUAAGUCAUAGGGAUUUGUCAGUUUCACCUCUGACAGAUGACACUAUGCAUUUACAGUGGCAUCCAUCAGAGGUAUAUUUUACCUGAUGAAUGGAGCCCAGCAGGACGUUGUUUUGUCUGCUGCAGGAUGAAUGGGGGUCUAUGGAUAUGUUUGGUCUAUGCUUUGGGAACUUCCCCAGGGCAUAAAGCAAGUGUGAACUGCAGUGUGAAAGUAGCCUAAGAGAGGAACUAUUUAAAAUUCUCAUUUCUCACAUUUCAAUUUUUGGAUAAUUUUUUAAUAUAUAUUUUUAAGCAGCAUAUGCAAGCUCUAUAAUUUACACUUCCAGUAUCCUUUGUAACACUCUGAUAAGAGUAACUGUACAUUUUGCAGAUAUGACUAGGUUUUUAUUACAGAUCUUUUCGUUUGAUCAGAUCAACUCUUUUGGAAGAGACAGUUUAGAGAGCUUAAUGAUAAUUCUAGUCAGCGGUUUCUUGCUGGCUGCCAACUUGUUACCAUUUCUAAUGUGUAAACCAGCCUCAUGUUAGUACAUAUGAAUAUGAUGUAUCUCUGUAUAGAAGAGUGUAUCUUUGUAUUUGAUGUUGCUAGCAUUAACAUGAAAAUAAACAUCUCAUUUAAA